GAUUCCCUGCGACUUUGACCCAGCAAAAUCCCAUUUACCAAAAGCACUCGAAGAGAAUAAUGUCCGGGGUUGCUGCAUUAGAUGCGCUGGAGCGAGAGUACCAAGCGGUGGUGCGUCAGAAACCCAUUAACCCUGUGAACUUGGACUUUGUUCCUGCUCGACCAAAGCCCCCUGCGGAUGCCAACGACACGGAAGAUGGCGGGAUGGAGUACGACGACUUGCAGUCAAUCUGCUCGUAUGCCGCCACGUGUGACGAUGACCUUGAACGCGAACGCUUGAAUUCUGACGAUGAAGACACGCAAGAGUAUGAAUACGAGCCCUUGCGUGAAGAAGAGUGGGAGGUCGCCGACGGCAUCGAGGAAAAGCCAUCAACUGUGAAGGCGCCACAGUCGCCCCCUGUGAACCCAGUAAACUUCAGUGAAAACGACAAGGAAGCCAUCAAGAAGGCCAUGCAGCAAAUUUCGUUGCCUCCUCCAUCGUGGGGUGGGCAGUUGUCGGAUGCUCAAUUGGUCGACCUCGCCAAGGAGGCAACCAAUGUGAAAGACGUCGUCAUGGAGCCAUAACAACACUAUGUACAUUUCCAUGUUAACUCGAGCUUUCUUCAAUGCACGCGCUUCGAGGAACGGGAGGUCCAAGCGUGAUCUUGAACCGUUGGGUCGCUGGAGGAGCCACCAGGAGGUACGCCAUGGCAAAGACUACCAUGAGCAAGCACGA